GCACGCGCGACGCCACUCCGCGCGCCACGGCCGCCGCGGUCGCCUGCCUGCACACCGCAACACGAGACUAGUUCGCGAACUUUACGCGUUUGUACGUAAUGCAUCAAGUAAUUAAGAGGUGUGCGUGGUGAUCGCGCGAUGCGGCGCUUGCCGCGCGACAGCGUGCGAUGAUCGCGCGGCGCACGCCAGCGCGCUAUCGUGUGCACGCGCGACGCUGCACGACCCUUAUGAUUUUAGCGCUGUGUUUCUUUACGUUUGUACCAGUUCAGUUAGAGCGUACAGCGGCCGUGGAUCGGCUGGAGAACGUGACACACACCGUGACACGGAUACUGGACGGAUACGAUAUACGACUACGACCUAAUUUCGGGGGCGAUCCGCUGUAUGUUGGCAUGGAUUUGACCAUCGCGAGCUUUGAUGCGAUAUCCGAAGUUAAUAUGGAUUACACAAUAACCCUUUAUCUGAACCAGUACUGGAAGGAUGAAAGGUUGGCCUUCGGUUUAAUGGACGAGGUCUUAACCCUCUCUGGGGACUUCGCUGAUAAGAUUUGGGUUCCAGAUACUUUCUUCGCCAAUGAUAAGAAUAGUUUCCUCCACGAUGUCACAGAACGAAAUAAGCUAGUCCGCUUAGGAGGCGACGGGAGCAUAACCUACGGGAUGCGCUUCACGGCUACCCUGGCCUGCAUGAUGGACCUUCACUACUACCCACUAGACAGUCAGAACUGCACCGUCGAGAUUGAAAGCUAUGGUUACACCGUAUCUGACGUCGUGAUGUACUGGAAAGAUACCCCAGUGCGUGGAGUGGAGGACGCUGAGUUACCGCAGUUCACGAUACUUGGUUAUGAAACCAAUGACAGAAAGGAGAAGUUGGCGACAGGCAUCUAUCAGCGUUUGUCACUAAGUUUCAAGCUGCGACGAAACAUUGGUUACUUCGUGUUUCAAACUUAUCUGCCAAGCAUCUUAAUUGUGAUGCUGUCCUGGGUAUCUUUCUGGAUUAAUCACGAGGCAACGUCUGCGAGAGUUGCUUUAGGUAUAACAACGGUGCUAACAAUGACUACAAUAAGCACGGGCGUAAGAAGCAGCCUGCCCCGCAUUUCGUACGUGAAAGCCAUCGACAUAUACCUCGUCAUGUGUUUCGUAUUUGUGUUCGCCGCAUUGCUCGAGUAUGCAGCCGUUAAUUACACCUACUGGGGCGCUAGGGCAAGGAAACGGGCUAAGUUAAAAAACAGAGACCUAUCAGCUAGUACUAGUGUGGAGAAGGAUUUGAAAAGCUCUGGAGGGUCCCGGUCACCUGAAGAAAUAAUUGCCCUUCGCGAGUAUACGCCAACCUCGGGUAGGGUUUCGCCACUCCUGAGCCUGCGAUCAAAGCCUCUGCCGCCUGCCACUGGUGCUCCGCCAUCAUUGCGCCUACAGAGGGACCACACAAACCUUCGAUAUAGAACCCGACCGCACUCAAGGAAUUCUAGAAACGGCGCAACCAACAAACCUCGUGUGAUGCACGCCCUUCGGAAAAGCGCCACAGUUAUAAAAGCGUCGAUGCCAAAAAUCCGUGACGUAAACGUUAUAGAUACGUAUUCACGUGUCAUCUUCCCAAUAUGUUUUCUUAUCUUUAACGCUAUAUAUUGGGUCUUCUAUGUAAUCGAUUAGACUAACCAAUGACACUUUUGCGGCCCCAGUAACUAUUAGGUAUGAAGAUGCUAUGACGUAUUUUUCCCUCUCCUUGGGUGCGUUGAGAAACACAAAAUCCUUUAGCGUAAUGGUGGAGCAAAGAUUAAUGGUUUUCGGUUUCUGAUUCGAACUGUAAAUAUAUUGCUACGUAGUACCUAAAUAUAAAACAAUAUUCAAAUUUAUAAUUCACAUACUUAAUCAAUAAUUGCGAAAUUAUAUUAAUUAUAUUUUAUGUAUAUUGUACAUACAAUAAAAAAAAUAUUAUAAUAAAAAGAAUAUUCAACCUCUUUGUAAAGAAGUUAAAAUAUUAUCAUUAAGAGAGUCUAAUAAUGUGCUAACGAACUUUAAAUUUACCAAUAUACCUAUGUUGUCACAGACCAUGCUUACACUCAUCAUUAUUUAUAAUAAGAAUGCAAAUAUUAGUCGGUCACUUAAGAGCGUGUUUUGAUUUUACGUCAAGAAACAACGUGAUUUUGAGUUUUUUAAGAACAGUAUCAUAAUGAAUGUAGCAAAUUAUUCCAAGAUUAUCACGUCUAUGGAAAUAUUAAGUCUUAUUUUAGAGCACUACUAGGUAAAAUUAUAGUUAUCUAUUAUUGAUAGUUUUUCAGAGCAAAGGCAAUCUCGGCAUAGUUACACGAAAAUUUAUGUCAGCGUUAUAUUUUGGAGUCCCAGCAUUGGGAACUUGUAUAAAAAUAAUAUGAUGAUGAUGAUAAAUUAUCCGCUAUGGAGUAGAAUAAUAUACGUCAUCAAUAUAUGAACAUUAUAUUAAUACUGUAUAUCAUAAAUAAUUUGUUAUUUCAUUUUAAAAAUAACCUUGUCAUUUUAUUUUCAUAAGAAUCAAAUAUUAGAUAAGUUUGUUGUAUGGCUUAAUAAGAUUAUAUAGAUUUAAUUGUAUAAUACCUACCUUGCGAUGU